AGCGGCGCGUCUUAAUGGACGACAUGUCAUGUCUCUAUUCAUUUCGUUGUACAUUCAUAUCCCUUCACAACGCCCACGGUGCUGUUACCUUUCUUUUUAAAGAGGAGGAUAUACCCAGGUAGGUAUGCGUGUAUAUGACAUAAGGCCAGCGUAACACCAAAUCAAUUUCCUUUCACGAACGCCCCCGUAAUGAACGCCGAUUCACGAUUUGAUAUACGAUUAUUAGUACUUUGGUGGUUUCCGUUGCACUCGACUUUCCGACACGACCUCAUGUAUUAAGGCAAUUUUUUGGGCUAAAUGAUGAUCAUAGACUUGAAUACACCAUUCAUACGAGUACGACAAUAUGGAUUCUGCUGCUAGCAGUUUGGACGGUGAAGGAGGUAUAGACAGUAUAGAAGAUAUGGAUUUGGUGGGGUUUGCGCCGAGUAAUACGUCGGCUGAUGCAGUCUUGUCUGAAAAUGACGAUAUUAUAAUGGGAGGGGUGCGAGAACUAUCUCAUACAGGCUCAGACUAUGGUAUGCCAGAUGAGCAUGAUUCGAGCAACCUAUACUAUCAGUCACCCCUAUCGGUGAAGUCCCGACAACUCCCCAUUCAAAUAGUUCUUCGACCGCCGCCAAAUCCAUCUGAAUACGAAAGAAUAAAGCCAAGCCAAGUUGUAGAAAGGAUCCUGGAUGAAGAAGCUUUUGACGACAGAGUAUUCUACCGUGUUGAAUUUAAGGACGGUUAUAUAGAUCAAAUCGCGCACGAAGAUUUUCUAGAGUUGGCGAACAGUGACCGUGCUGCUCAUGAAUAUCAACUACAAAGAACUGAAGUUGAUGAAACAGUCAUGUCUGGCUACUCUGACAAGCACCCUCGCCGCGAGGAUGGCCAAUCUUCGUCGGACGGAUCUGUCUCUCGUCGCCUCACAAAACGGCCAAAGAUACCUGAGCCAUCUCCCGCACCUAUGCGUCGAAGCUCAAGACAAGCGUCGAAGCAAACCUCACGUCAGACAUCAACUGACAAUGCCCUUGAAUUGAAUGACUUUGAUGAAGAAUUUGGCGACGAAGAUUAUGAUGAAGAAGCCGUAAAGAAAAGGUCUGCUAAACGCAGUGCCCGCCACUCAGGCUUGCUUAGCCUCGCUGGGGGAAGGACGACUAGAUCAACAAAUCAAGCAAGACAAAGCCAACUUACCCAAUAUGAGUCUGAAGAUGAGUUGGCGCGGGAACCUGAACCUGAACCUGACGAGAACGACGAAAACAGCGACUAUAUUCCUGUCGUUCGCUCUGAUAUCAACGGGGCAGCUAGGGCAUCUUUGCGUAAAAAGAGAAAGCAGAAGACGCGCAAUGCGAGAUAUGUGCUGAGUGACUCGGAUAUUGAAUUUGAACCAACUCGAAAGUCCAGCAGAUCAAACAAGACCUCAAAGAGUAUGAAGGACCCGGAUAUGGAUGACGAUUAUGAAGUGUUCGAUGAGGACAAGGCACUCUCUGCUAUAAAAUAUGUUGGCAUCAAGGAAACGUUCGAAGAACAGCCUCGAGAAUCCGAAUUCCGAAAAUCGCACUCUAACAAAUGCGAAUCUUGCGGAUCAACAGCUGGUCUCGGCAAAGGCUCCCUCAUUUUCUGCCAGGGGUGCUCCUACUCAUACCAUAAGCAAUGCAUCGGAGCACGCUCCCAACGUGACCAUAGGGUUACCAAGGUUGGCCCGACUGAUUUUGUACUUCAAUGCAGAUUCUGCAUCGGACUACAGAAAAGCAAGGAUCCACGCUCCCCAAGCUAUGCGAAUUGCCAGAUCUGCAAGAUUCGUGGAGUAUCGUGUGCCGAAUUCUCAACCAAGAAAACACCGAAGCAAGAAGAGACAGCGCGGUCAGAAAAUGGAGGAGAAGACCCUAUCACAUCCGUUGCCCCCCAUUUGAUUAACCAGCAUAACAACGUCCUCUUCCGCUGUUCGACGUGUAGGUGUGCUUACCACUUUGAGCAUUUGCCUCCCUUGACUACGAGUCCCGACAAAGAGCCAAGUGUCCGAGACGAGCGUGUUAAUGAGUACGCCUCGGUUGGAUGGAAAUGCAAGACAUGUUUGGAUGCCAAGCACAAAAUUCAUGCAUUAGUUGCAUGGCGACCAACCGACCAGGAUGCAUACCAAAAGAGCCAACGGGCCGAAGAAUUUAGUGCAGAUGAGAUAGAAUAUCUCGUAAAAUGGGACGGGCGUUCACAUUGUCAUGACACUUGGAUGUCCGGGGCUUGGGUCUACGGUAUAGCGGCACCUGCAACGCGAACCGCAUUUCAUAAACGCGAUGGCAACGAGUACCCACGAAUGACUACCAAAUCCGCAGUUGAGAAAGAGUGGAUGCUGAUAGACGUCGUCCUCGAUGUGAAAUAUCGCCGUGGUUCCAGUGCUUCAUCCAAAGCGCAGGAUCGAGCACGAAUUUCACACGUAGUCUCUGCAUAUGUCAAGUUUCAGGGGCUAAGCUACGAGGAAGCAGUGUGGGACGAACCCCCCCACCCUGAUUCGGAGGCACUUUGGGACGCUUUCCAGGCUGCAUACGAUGAGUAUGUUAUCGGAAAAUACUUCCCAUCGGCCGAGCAUCAAAGAAUGAAGGAAAGCGUUAGCUUAUACAGAACCUUAGACUUUCAGGAGGAGUGCGAGCUAAAAGAACAACCAUCGAGUCUCAGAAAAGGUCAUAAAAUAAUGCAAUAUCAACUGGAAGGCGUGAAUUUUCUCCUUUAUAACUUUCACCAGCAGUUAAAUGUCAUUCUCGCAGACGAGAUGGGUCUUGGAAAGACAAUUCAAGUUGUCACUUUCAUCAGCACUCUUGUGCUAGAUCAGCCAAAAUGCUGGCCUUUCCUUGUUGUGGUCCCAAAUGCUACUUGUCCCAAUUGGCGUCGUGAGCUCAAAGAUUGGUCCCCCUCUCUCCGGGUCGUGACCUACCAUGGCGGAAGAGCCUCUCAGGAGCUCGCCUACAACUAUGAGCUUUUCCCUGAAGGGGUUAAAGCGGGCAUGAAAGCUCACGUUGUGAUCAUGUCUUACGAGGCAGCUAGUACAGCGAAAGCCACAUUCCACGGUAUCAAAUGGGCUGGCUUGAUCGUCGAUGAGGGCCAGAGACUCAAGAAUGAUGAAACGCAGCUCUACAAAACUCUACUUGAAAUGAAGAUACCUUAUAGGGCUUUACUUACAGGCACCCCAUUGCAAAACAAUAAGAAGGAGCUCUUCAAUCUUCUCCAGUUCGUCGACCCGAAAAACAAUGCGGAGGUUCUCAACGAGCAGUAUAACGAGCUGACGAAGGAAAACCUCCCCGAACUUCAUGCUCUCAUUCGACCUUACUUCUUACGACGCACCAAGGCCGAUGUGUUGAAGUUCUUACCACCAAUGGCUCAGAUCAUCGUUCCUGUAACCAUGACCGUAUUACAGGAAAAGCUUUCAAAGUCUAUCAUACAACGUAACCCGCAGCUCAUCGAGGCAAUCUUGUCUAAGGGGAAAAUGAAGGCUGGCGACCGCAAGAACCUUUCCAACAUCAUAGCCGAUCUACGACAAUGUCUAUGCCACCCGUUCUGCUUCAGUGGCGAAGUUGAGGACAAGACCGUCGGCGAGGAGCAAAUGAGGCGAAACUUAAUUGAGGCUUCUCCCAAGCUCAUUCUACUAGAAAUGAUGCUCCCAAAGCUCAAGGAAAAAGGUCACCGCGUCUUGAUCUUCAGCCAAUUCUUACGUUGUCUCGAUAUCCUUGAAGACUUUCUUAACAGCCUAGGACUUCAACAUGGACGAAUCGACGGAGGACUUAGCGCCUUGCAGAAACAAAAACAGAUUGAUGCCUUCAACGCACCGGAUUCGCCGCUCUUUGCUAUGUUGUUAUCGACUCGUGCCGGAGGUGUUGGCAUCAAUCUAGCAACAGCAGAUACGGUCAUCAUUUAUGACCCGGAUUGGAAUCCUCACCAGGAUCUCCAAGCCAUAUCACGCGCCCACCGAAUUGGCCAGAAAGAGAAAGUUCUCUGUUUCCAAUUGACAACUAUAGAGUCAAUUGAAGAGAACAUCUUGCAGGCUGGCAAGAAGAAGCUAGCUCUUGACCAUGCCCUUAUCGAGAGUAUAGACCGCGAGGACGAUUCUGGCAAUGAUCUAGAAUCGAUCUUGAAACGUGGCGCGGAGUCCCUGUUCAGUGACAAGGACAGGGCAAAGAUAACGUACGAUGCAGCCUCAGUUGAUAAGUUACUUGACAGGAGCCGGAUCGAAAGUUCGAACGGCGACGACGAUAUGAAUGCUGACAAAAAAUUCUCAUUUGCACGCGUUUGGGCGAACAACUCUGGUACACUGGUCGAUAAUGUCAAUAGCACGACCGAAAACAACGCAACAACGGCAGACGCAAGCGUUUGGGAAAAUAUUCUCAAGGCACGCGAAGAACAACACAAACGAGAAGUUGCCGCGCGGCAAGAGGUGUAUGGUCGCGGAGCUCGGCGACGGGGUACUCAAGCCAUUAACUACAAUAGUAGUAGACGCCCUGAGCCAGAUAGCGGCGGUUCCGAUGUCGACGACGACGACGAAUUAUAUAUCGAUCUCGGCGUGGAAGUCGACGAUGACGAUGACGAUGACGAUGGCGACGAUGGAGCUUUCGGGUUAGAAGAACGAGGGGCUCCUACGGCUACAAACUCCAUGGAUGCCAAAGCAAUACAAGUAGAAACGGAACACACUCACAAUAUCCGCAUGGCGAAGAAGUUGGCGACCGAUGCGGCGAAGCCUCCACGGAAGGCACAUCAAAACACAGCAGAAAAUUCCACCAAACCAGCAAAACCUAACGUAAUAAUGCCUCAGCCUCGGCCACUGCCCUCUCAACAAAUGCCUCCUGUUCAACGUUCACCAAUGCCGAUCCAGAACAUACCUCAUAAUCCAGCUUACCAAAACAUUCCUUCUCAUCUACUUCAUCCGAGCAUGCGUCCCAAUCCUCAACCCCCUUACUCACCACAUCCUAACUCGGUACCUUCUGUACCCUCUUCGUCAUCUUCUCUUCUUCCUGAGCCUCUAGUUCGUCAUUUAAACUCUCUUCCCCCUGCUGUACCAGCAACAUCCCAAAGCAUGAACUGGCAGGCAGGCCGACAGGUCUUUGACGAAAGACGUCCGGCGAAUCCUACUAAUAAUAGUCUACCUAUUCGUCAUAAUUUUGACUGCUACCCUUGCCCCGUUUGCAAAGCCGAACACUCUGUGAAUCAUCCAUGCCUUAAUUUGAAUUCGCAGGUUUCGUUACGGGUCGCAAUUGAUAAUCUCAGGAAUUCCCCUGGACUUCAAGCCUACAGGAGCAGUCUAAUCAAACGGCUACAGCAGCUCGAAGCACCGAAGGGGUGAAAGGUGCUGGACGAUGAAGGAUCAGAGUUGUGGCCCAAGCAGCAAGCAGACGUAUGAUGAAGUAUGCAAACUCCAAGCAUCAUGGCGUUUCUACCGGUUGCAGCUUUAAGGAGAGGGAUGCUUCACCGCUUCAUUGUGAAUAGGGAAACAUGAUAUCUGCACUCUACUAGCUACUAGGCACUCAUAGUAUUCAAUGUUCGGCAUGCAUUGAUAUAUGCAUGUACAUAUGUAGGUAGUUGCAUUGCUACAUGGUCUUCAUGGGUAAAUGCCUACAUACCUACCUACCUACAUGUAUAUACACGCGGCAGAAUAAAAGAAGAUUAAGAAGAAAAGAAGAUUCACUGUUCACUAAAUGGACGAAGUGAAUUCAAAAUUGGAACCAAGACAAUUCUGUGUGUUGUCCAACC